GUGCUUGGUCCUUGUCCUCCAGAUCCCUGUUGCCUCAUGGGGGGUGGGGUCCCCUGGGGGGAUGGCCAGCUACAUGGUGCCCUCUCCCCCCCACCCCCACCCCACCAGCAGUCCCUUCCACCAAAGCAAUUCAUCAUCAGACCUCCAGGGCAGACAGCACAACUCCCAAGCCUUCAAGCUGACAGCCACAGGCAAAUGAAGACAGCUGGUUCUCACCUUCUAUGCGGCCCUUGGUCCCCAUUGCCCUGUGAGACUCUGCUUCUGACAAAGGGUCAGAAAGAUCCAUCCCUGAGAGGAAAAGAAGGGAAGACACCCUACCCCACGCCCCUGGAACUCACACCCCAGUGUGGAGGAUCACACGCAGACACACACAGACCGAGGCCUGCCCAUCCCGUAUAGCUGUGGCCCUGAAGCCCGUGGAGCAUCGGAACCACCUGAGACAGUAAUCUCUCACUGAGCCUGGAGUGCAUGUUCCACCAAACCUGGCUGACCAGCAAGUUCCCCUCAGGAUCUCCCUGUCUCUGCCGCCACAGUGCUGGGAUUUCAGCAGGGCACUGUGAGAAAGUCUCUCACCGUGACCAAGUUUCUCUGAGUGUCCAGCCAACCCAGGCUCACCAGCUCCCUCCAGCUACCGCCCGUCCAUCAGCUUCGUCCUAAUCCACGAAAUAGCUGUUCGGCAGGAAGGAGUGUGGAUUAGCCUUUCUCCUUCGAGGCAGCAAUGGCCACUGUGUCUACAGCCUGGUGAGGUGCUUUCCUGGGUCCUGUGUAUCCGGCACAGACCGGCCAGCCAAGGAUCCCUGGGCACCUGGUUUAUGGAAGGUCAGCUGCCAACCCCAGGCUGAACACCAACCCCAGCUAUGAGCUCCUGGAGGCAUGACUCCCUCAGGGCCAGCAGCUCCGAUCCCCUCCCAGUAGUUAUCAUUGGCAAUGGUCCCUCGGGUAUCUGUCUAUCCUACCUGCUCUCUGGCUACAUCCCCUAUGUGAAACCAGGAGCUGUCCACCCGCACCCCCUGCUGCAGAGGAAGCUGACCGAGGCUCCAGGGGUCUCCAUCUUGGAUCAGGACCUAGAAUACCUUUCCGAAGGCCUCGAAGGCCGAAGCCAGAGUCCUGUGGCCCUGCUCUUUGAUGCCCUCCUACGUCCUGACACAGACUUUGGAGGCAGCCUAGACUCUGUGCUCUCCUGGAAGCGGCAGAAGGACCGUGCCAUUCCCCACCUUGUCCUGGGACGGAACCUCCCCGGGGGUGCCUGGCAUUCCAUUGAAGGCUCCAUGGUGACUUUGAGCCAAGGCCAGUGGAUGAGUCUCCCAGACCUGCAGGUCAAGGACUGGAUGCGGAAGAAAUGCAGAGGCCUCCGUAACAGCAGAGCCACAGCCGGUGACAUCGCCCACUACUACAGGGACUAUGUGAUCAAGAAGGGUCUCAGUCACAACUUUGUGUCUGGUGCCGUGGUCACUGCCGUGGAAUGGGCUAAGUCUGAGCACUGCAGCCCUGAGGCCCAGGCACCCAGCCCCCUCUUCCAAGUGACAGGCUACCUGACUGCCAAGGACCACAGCCGCCAGCCCUUCUCACUGUGGGCCCAUAACGUGGUCCUGGCCACGGGCACCUUUGACAGCCCAGCCAUGCUAGGCAUCCCGGGAGAGACCCUGCCUUUUGUCCACCACGAGCUGUCAGCCCUGGAGGCGGCCCUCCGGGCAGGCACUGUGAACCCAACCUCAGACCCGGUGCUGAUUGUGGGAGCUGGGCUAUCUGCGGCCGACGCUGUCCUCUUUGCCCGUCACUACAACAUCCAGGUGAUCCAUGCCUUUCGCCGGUCUGUGCACGACCCUGGCCUGGUGUUCAACCAGCUGCCCAAGAUGCUGUACCCCGAGUACCACAAAGUGCAGCAGAUGAUGCGUGACCAGUCCAUCUUGUCCCCCAGCCCCUACGAGGGCUACCGCAGCCUCCCAGAGCACCAGCCACUGCUCUUCAAGGAAGACCGUCAGGCAGUGUUCCAGGACCCACAGGGGGGCCAGCAGCUCUUUGGAGUCUCCAUGGUGCUCGUCCUCAUCGGCUCCCACCCCGACCUCUCCUACCUCCCUAGGGCAGGGGCUGACCUGGCCAUAGACCCCAGUCAGCCACUGAGCCCCAAGAGGAACCCCAUCGAUGUGGACCCCUUCACCCAUGAGAGCACUCAACAGGAGGGCCUGUAUGCCCUAGGGCCCCUGGCUGGGGACAACUUUGUGAGGUUCGUCCAGGGUGGAGCCCUGGCUGCUGCCAGCUCCCUGCUGAAGAAGGAGACCAGGAAGCCACCUUAACACUAGCCUGAUGCCCUGACACCCAAUCCCUGAGGAGGAAGAGGGCUCACCAUAGCCCAGUGGCACAUGAGCCCGCCUAAAGAUUUUCCAUGCGGGGACCAGUCUCCCCUGCAGGAGGGGAAGACUUGAGCCCCGUGGAUGGGGGACUAUCUGCCCCAGAGGUAUGGGGAACACAGGCCGCCCUAUCCUCAGGCGAGUCAAGGCCCAAGGUGGGAGCAGUAGCCAUAGACCAGAGGGGCCUGGGACCCCUGAAGCUGUCGGUGUGUGCUGGAGUCACAGGGCCAGCUGAGUGUCCAACUAGGAAGACCUCAGACCUAACCUUUCACCAUCAGAUCUGCAAUAAAACCAGCUGUGCCUCCACUGCA